AUGUUAUGUGAAUUGCAACGGGCCAUACGAGGUGCAUAUUGUAGUUGGAAGGAGUGCAAUGAACUUGGUAGCCGCAUAACUCACAAACCCAUUUCCAAUUCAUCAUCUAGUAUUCCCGCUUCCUCAUCUAGCAUUUCCAUUUCUCCAUCUAGCGCUUCCGCUUCUCCAUCUAACACCUCUGGUCAAAACUCAUCAAAUAAUGGUUCUAAUCAAGCCGCUAUCAUCAGUGGUUACGUUACAGCUUUUUUAUUGAUUAUUAGUGCGAGAAUGGAAGUUGGUGUCAAAUAUUUUCAACUCAAAAAGACAAGUCGUGAAGCAGAGGCAGCAAAGAAUAAUGAAGGAAUUAGAUUGUGA